AUGCAGUCCGGGCUGGCCGCCCCCACGGGAGGGGCACUCGGGCUCUGCGCGGAGGCCGGCGGCCGCGGGGGCGCACAGCGCGGCGGCGAGGAGCGGGCGGCGGCGGCGCAGGCGAGCCCAGGGGGAGGGUCGGCGGCGCCUCCAGUCCCCGCAGCCAACCGCGCGCAGCGCAGCUCGGGAGCGGGACGCAGCGCUCGAAGCCCCGGCAGCGCCCGCCCUCUCUUCCGUGUUGCCUGCCCGCGCGCCAGCGCCCGCUCCGCCCGUGACUUCACUUCGGCUCCACCCCCGCGUGGCGGCGGCUCGCUCCGUCCGAACCCGCGCUCGGCACCAGCCCAGCCCGGGCAAGCGGCCGCCACCUGCCCCGAACCGCCUCUGCCCGCCCCCACCGCGGCCCAACUUGGAUGGAGUUGGGGUCCUGAGCUCCUGCUCCUCGUAGCCGGCCAGCGGAGAGCCCCGCGCCGCCACCUCCGGUCCGGGACCCCCUCUCAGCUCCUCUCCGCUCCCGCAAUGGGAAAAGUUGGCGCCGGCGGCGGCUCCCCAGCCGGGCUGAGCGCGCUCCUCGCCGGCGCGGGGCUCUUAGUCCUCUGCGCCCCGGGCGCCUGCGGCGGCGGCUCCUGCGGUCCCCCGCUGCACCCCAGCUCGGCCCCACGCUGGGCUCCGACCCGAGGGGGGCUUACUCACCUGCGGUCGCGAGGCAGGGCUCCUGCCACGCCCCUGCUCGGACGCCCCCUGUUUGCAGUGGCCGCCGGAGACCGAGCGCUGUCCCUGGAGCGGGCCCCGGGCACUGGGGCGUCGGUGGCGAUUGCUCCACGCUCUGACCGGAGGAGACGGAGUGGAGAGGAUCAAGAGAAGGCAGAACGGGGAGAGGGCACGAGAAGACGCCCCCGGGGAGUGCUAAGGGACAGAGGGCAGCAGGAGCCUGGGACUCUGGAGCGGGACCCGGACAAAGCCACUCGCUUCCGGCUGGAGGAGCUGAAACUGACCAGCACUACGUUCGCGCUGACAGGAGACUCAGCACACAACCAAGCCAUGGUCCACUGGUCUGGCCACAACAGCAGCGUGAUUCUCAUUUUGACAAAGCUCUAUGACUAUAACCUGGGGAGCAUCACGGAGAGCUCGCUUUGGAGGUCAACCGAUUAUGGGACAACCUAUGAGAAGCUGAAUGAUAAAGUUGGGUUGAAAACAAUUUUAAGCUAUCUCUACGUGUGUCCUACCAACAAGCGUAAGAUUAUGUUGCUCACAGACCCGGAGAUUGAGAGCAGUUUACUGAUCAGCUCGGACGAAGGGGCAACCUAUCAAAAGUACCGGCUGAACUUCUACAUCCAGAGCUUACUUUUCCACCCCAAGCAAGAGGACUGGAUUCUGGCUUACAGCCAAGACCAAAAGUUAUACAGUUCUGCUGAAUUUGGGAGAAGGUGGCAGCUUAUCCAGGAAGGGGUCAUACCGAACAGGUUCUACUGGUCUGUGAUGGGGUCGAACAAGGAACCAGAUCUUGUGCAUCUUGAGGCCAGAACUGUGGAUGGUCAUUCACAAUACCUAACCUGCGGAAUGCAGAACUGCACCGAGGCCAGCAGAAACAAACCUUUCCCAGGCUACAUUGACCCAGACUCUUUGAUUGUCCAGGAUGAUUAUGUGUUUGUUCAGCUGACAUCAGGAGGACGGCCACACUACUACGUUUCCUACCGAAGGAAUGCGUUUGCCCAAAUGAAGCUGCCCAAAUAUGCUUUGCCCAAGGACAUGCAUGUCAUCAGCACUGAUGAGAACCAAGUGUUCGCAGCGGUCCAAGAAUGGAACCAAAACGACACAUACAACCUCUACAUCUCAGACACCCGUGGUGUCUACUUCACUCUGGCCUUGGAGAAUGUCCAGAGCAGCAGAGGCCCUGAGGGCAAUGUCAUGAUCGACCUCUAUGAGGUAGCAGGGAUAAAGGGAAUGUUCUUGGCUAACAAGAAGAUUGACGACCAAGUGAAGACUUUCAUCACGUACAACAAAGGCAGAGACUGGCAUUUGCUGCAGGCCCCGGACACGGACCUAAGGGGGGACCCUGUGCACUGCUUGCUGCCCUAUUGCUCACUACACCUUCACCUUAAGGUCUCUGAGAAUCCCUACACAUCAGGGAUCAUUGCCAGCCGAGACACAGCUCCCAGCAUCAUAGUGGCUUCAGGAAACAUAGGUUCUGAGCUGUCAGACAGCGACAUCAGCAUGUUUGUCUCUUCAGAUGCAGGGAACACUUGGAGGCAGAUCUUUGAAGAAGAGCACAGUGUUUUGUAUCUGGAUCAAGGUGGAGUCCUGGUUGCUAUGAAGCAUACGUCUCUCCCGAUUCGACAUCUCUGGUUAAGUUUUGAUGAAGGGAGAUCUUGGAGCAAAUACAGUUUCACAUCUAUUCCACUUUUUGUGGAUGGAGUUCUGGGUGAGCCUGGGGAAGAGACUCUAAUCAUGACAGUGUUUGGACACUUCAGCCACCGCUCUGAAUGGCAGCUGGUCAAAGUGGACUACAAGUCCAUUUUCGAUAGACGCUGUGCUGAGGAAGACUACAGACCCUGGCAGCUGCACAGCCAGGGGGAAGCAUGCAUCAUGGGAGCGAAAAGGAUAUAUAAGAAGAGAAAAUCAGAGCGGAAAUGUAUGCAAGGGAAAUAUGCAGGAGCUAUGGAGUCUGAACCCUGUGUCUGCACAGAGGCUGAUUUUGACUGUGACUAUGGUUAUGAGCGACACAGCAAUGGUCAGUGCCUGCCAGCCUUUUGGUUCAAUCCAUCUUCUCUGUCGAAGGACUGCAGCUUGGGACAGAGUUACCUCAAUAGUACUGGGUAUAGAAAGGUGGUUUCCAAUAACUGCACUGAUGGGGUGAGAGAACAGUACACGGCCAAACCACAGAAGUGCCCAGGGAAGGCCCCGCGGGGGCUCCGGAUCGUCACCGCUGAUGGAAAGCUGACAGCGGAACAAGGGCACAAUGUUACUCUCGUGGUACAGCUGGAAGAGGGUGACGUCCAGAGGACAUUCAUCCAGGUGGACUUCGGGGAUGGCAUCGCAGUGUCUUAUGUCAACCUCAGCUCCAUGGAAGAUGGGAUCAAACACGUCUAUCACAAUGUGGGCAUUUUCCGAGUGACCGUGCAGGUGGACAACAGUCUGGGGUCUGACAGCGCCGUCCUGUACUUACAUGUAACUUGUCCCCUGGAGCAUGUACACCUGUCUCUUCCCUUCGUCACCACGAAGAACAAAGAGGUCAACGCGACUGCGGUGUUGUGGCCCAGCCAAGUGGGCACGCUCACUUACGUGUGGUGGUACGGAAAUAACACCGAGCCCCUGAUCACCUUGGAGGGAAGCAUAUCAUUCAAGUUUACUUCUGAAGGGAUGAACACCAUCACAGUGCAAGUCUCAGCUGGGAAUGCCAUCCUGCAGGACACGAAGACCAUCGCAGUGUACGAGGAAUUCCGAUCUCUUCGCCUGUCCUUUUCUCCAAACCUGGACGACUACAACCCGGACAUCCCUGAGUGGAGGAGAGACAUCAGCCGAGUCAUCAAGAAGUCCCUGGUGGAGGCCACCGCGGUUCCGGGCCAGCACAUCUUGGUGGCGGUGCUCCCUGGCUUACCCACCGCUGCCGAGCUCUUUGUCUUGCCCUAUCAGGAUCCCACAGGAGAAAACAAAAGGUCAGCCGAGGACCUGGAGCAGAUAUCAGAACUGCUGAUUCACAAGCUCAACCUGAACUCCGUGCACUUUGAGCUGAAGCCUGGAGUCCAAGUCCUUGUCCACGCGGCUCACUUAACAGCAGCCCCGCUGGUGGACCUCACUCCAACCCAUAGUGGCUCCGCCAUGCUGAUGCUGCUGUCCGUGGUGUUUGUGGGGCUGGCGGUGUUCGUCAUCUACAAGUUCAAAAGGAAGAUCCCGGGGAUUAAUGUUUAUGCCCAGAUGCAGAAUGAGAAAGAACAAGAGAUGGUCAGUCAAGUCAGUCACCCUGAAAGCAGGCCCUGUAUCCCUCAGACUGAGCUCAGGCGGCCUGGCCAGCUGAUAGAUGAGAAGGUGGAGUCCCAGCUCAUAGGAAGUAUUUCCAUAGUUGCUGAGAAUCAAAGCACAAAAGAAAUCCCUACCUAUGUAAAUGUUUGACUGGAGGACGCCAGUAAAAACAAAAACAAACAAAUAAAAUAAAAACAAUCAAAAUCUAAACAAACAAACAAACAAACACUCACUGCAUCGGGACUUUUUAAUUCUUCAGACACAGACAACAAGGGUUUUUAGCUUUAAGCCUGUGCAUGUGGACAGUACCUUGAGAACAUGCUUGGAGGGGCAGUGUACAGGUGCUCUAUUUUAAUGGAAAAAACACUCCCCUCCCCCUUUCUUCUCUCUCUCCUUUUUCUGAUUGGUUGUGUUUGUAGAAAAUUCCUAACAUAUAUAGGCCAAGGAAAUCUGCAUGUAUUUUUGGAAAUAUUCUUGGCUCUAGACUUAACAGCUAUUUUAGCUCUACAGGCUGAUGGGUGGAUUAGCUUCCCCAGCCCUUUUCACAAGACACAAAGACAUGCACAGGAGUUUGAAACCCUGGGCUGUUUCUCUGUUCCACUUUACUUGUUGCCAUUUUCCCCUUCUAAGUUAUCUUCGGGAGCUCUGUUGGCCGGCAGGGGCCACAGGUUGCCUUCUCCAUUCUGUACGGCCACAGGGACAAAGAAGCAAGUUCAAGUUCCAUGGAUGCAGGCAGAAUAGGGAAAGAAGGAAGGCAGUCGGGCAGGAGUGUCAAAAGUGGACCUGUGUUUCCUGUUCCCCCCUUCCCAUCACGACAGCUUCCCCUUGUAGCUUUUCCUACUCCUGCCCUGUGUAGAAAACAGAAUCCCAGUUACCCGCAUUCUUACCUUCCCAUUUGUUUGCUCUCCACGUGUGGUCGUGAUCUGUCAAUGUCUUUGUGUCUCUUCCUUCCAGUCCCCAAGUUAUCCUUCAACUGCUCCUGCCUUUUCUUCCCAAACAUGUUGCUAGAUUCUGGCCAUUCAUCCUGAUGUUCUUUAAAUACUAGCCUCGCCUCUGGCAACCCUGCCUCCACCACCCAAAGCUAAUGAUCUCUCUGUCAACUUUGCACACGCCCAUGCAUGCAGCCUACAUACACACUGACCAAGCAGCAUCCUGCCCUGCAGGGUUUAGCUUCAUGUAUUUUUUUUUUUUUUUUUGUAUCCUCCUGUAGACCUGCCUCUUCCAAAUAUCCUUGCCUUUCCCCCCUGGAAACAUAUAAUGUGUGUGAAAGAGUUGAGAUAUGCAAAGCAAUUCAAACCUGGCCCAUGUACCUUAGAAAAGAAAGCAUACAGAUGAAUAGUGGUUUUGUCACACCUUAACAAAAAUCUCCUGCAGUCAGAUUCCAGAAGAUUCUUGUGAGAAAUGUUUUGAACGUGUUACUAUGUGGCAGGGCAAUUUCCUCCUGUGAUGGUUGCUAUUACCCAGUAUUUCCCCUCUCACAGUAGAGUGAAAAUAUUUGUAAAAUGAAACCAAUGUUAAGCAGAAGAAGAAGCAGGUUAAUGGAUUUGAUGUUUGAGUGUCAAAAAGUCUUGAGAUUAUACGGAGGUCUUGUCUUAUAUUAGGAUGGGAUUGUGAUUAUUGUAAGAUGACCCUAGACUUCUUGCAUGUGUGCUCUCUGAUCUCUGAGCAUAGUAUCAGCAAAGGAAAAUUUAAUAAGCAUAAAGGGGAGGAGUUAUCAGACUCAAGCAGGUGGGCUCAAAGCAUGAAGAAAUCCCAGUUCUCCCAGGGCCAUCAUGAAAGAAGGUCCAGAGAAAGAGGGAAACAAAAGUAUGUGAAGCAGGAGCCCUUGGAGUAUUACGGAUUGGAUAAAGCCCUCUCUAAAAUGUAGGAGAAAGUGGUUUCCAAAGACCUCAGAGUGUAGCCUCCUACUUGGCCAUGUCCCCAGGCCAGCGUCAGGGUAUCGCAGGGCCCUGGGGACAAUGGGGGUGCCCUAAAGAUCCUGACAACCACUGCCCUUGUGUAGCUCAAGUAGGGGAAGAGUGGCAACACUUCAGUCAGAAGUUAAUCAAGCAGAAGAUUUUAUGGCUGGAGAUGCUCGGUAUGAAUCUGGGAGACGGAUUCUGCCUAAGGCAGCCGUCUAUUUGUAGAACUCAAAUGAUCCUCAACCUGCCAGGCUUCCUAUCCCAUGGGAAACAUCCUCAUUGAAUCUCUUCAGUUGGAGCCUCCCAAAUUGUAUCUGGAAAACAGAGUGUUUGGAAACCAAAAGAGGCUCAUUCACGACAGUACAGGGAGUCCUCGGAGUUGCAGUUCAAUAAUUUUCAUUGUUAAACUAUGAAAAAGGGAAUAACACUCAAUCUAGCACAGUGCCUUGCCUAGAGUAGGUAUUAAGAAAGUUACUUGUUGAAAGAAGAAAUGAAUGAAUACAUGAGAAGACAUAGCGAAGAAGGGCUUCUAAGUCCUGACCUAAAAUAGAGGUGGACAUGAGAUGCCUGGCGUUUUGGAAGGUGAUCAGAGAUGGCUGGUUCUAGAUUCAGCAUCUCCAGGGUCCUCAUGUGCCUCUCCUCAGAGCUCCCUCCCACCUGUAGGAGACUAGUGAGGCCAAGUACUGCUCAGAGGGGACCUUAUUAUUCUUAUGAUCUAGCUCGUUUCUCAAAGCAUGGUACCCAGACCAGCAGUAUCAGCAUCACCUCGGACUUGUUAGAAACUUGUUAGAUUUUGGGUCCCACUGACCCCAGACCUACUGAAUUAGAAACUCCAGGGUUGGGGCCCAGCAAUCUGUUUUUACAAGCUCCUCGGGUGAUUGUGAAAUACACUACAGUUUGAGAACCACUGUACUAGGCCAUGCCAGCUCAAUCCCAAAGAGAAGGUAGUAAUGAGGAGCUGCCAAUGGGAGGGACCCAAGUGCCUACCUACUCAACAACAGCAGGUGCAGACACAAUGAGGAGUUUGGUAGGCUUGAGGCCAGAGGAAUGGGUGGGGAGGGAUGGAUGGGGAAGGUAAGAUUCAGGGCAAGCUACAAAUCUGCUAUUGCAAUGUUUUCCAAAAUCCCAGAAGGCAAACCGCGUGCUCUACCCUGAACGACCCAACCAACGUUUUCUCCUUUGCCUUAUUUUUGAUUGGAUUCACUGUCCAAAAUGCAGAGGUUUGCUUUGCUUUUUUUCAGAAGUUCCAAACAGCAACUUUGAGAGGAAUGGGGGUGCUUGGCAGCUGUGUUUUCCAGGAUUCCAAUUGAGCAUUGAAAUUCCCCCAUUUGCCAACUUAUUUUUAUAGGAAGCCAAUUUAAAAAAAAAAAAAAAAAAAAAGUUUUCUUAUAGUAUUGAACUACUUCUAAUUUUAAAAUGACUUUUUUGAUGUAUUUUUUGUUAAAUACUAUGUAGUGUAAUGUAUAAUUGCUCUUGUUUAUUGCUUUUACAGUCAUAUUUAUUAAACAGAUAAUGUCUCUGAA